CUUUCCGGAAGUCUUACAGCCUUGCAUGCCAAAAAGGUCAAGAUAAAAAAUUUGGUGCUAAAAUCCAAUAGCUUACGUAUUUUGAUUACAAUUCUUUUGAAUAUAUAUUAGAUAAUACUUUAUCAGCCUCUCGAACAUGUCAGAAAAAAGCGAUCAUAUGGAACACACGCCCUCAAGCACUGAGGAUGAUACACUCUCUCUAGCCACUGUAACUGAAAAAUUCAGUCUUUCUCCUACAGUAAUUGGAAUAGAAUUGUUCGUUAGUGACGAUAAAUUUUCGUUUCUACCUGGUCAAUGGAUUGAUACACACAUUCCCAAUGUGCCUGUUAUUGGAGGUUUUUCAAUGACAUCAACUAUUGACCACUACACGAAAACCCGAAAAAUAGGCCUGGCAAUUAAAUACAGCGAACAUCCACCGACGUAUUGGUUUCAUAAUAAGGCUAGUCUGCUUAAAUUAAUAUAG